AUGGCCUCAAGAAUACGAAACUCUUUGCUCGUAGUAGCAAAUGUUCUCAUUCCAAUUGCUAUAUUGAUAUUUGCUAGUGGUUUCUUUCCUUACAAGCCCUUUCUAUCUGGAUUGGCACAGUAUGAGUCUCUGGAAUAUGGUACUCCCCCAGAAGCUCCAUUCGAUAAGGUCAUCUUCAUGGUUGUUGAUGCGCUGAGAAGCGACUUUGUAUUUUCAAACAAUUCAGGGUUCCAAUUUACUCAAAGUCUCAUUUCAAAUGGCGCAGCUCUUCCAUUCACAGCUCAUGCGACAUCUCCUACCAUUACUAUGCCCAGAAUAAAAGCCAUAACAACGGGUUCUAUACCUUCAUUUCUCGACGUGAUUCUGAAUUUUGCUGAAUCCGAUACAUCUUCUUCUCUGGCGACUCAAGAUACAUGGCUGGCGCAAAUGAAAGCAAAAGGAGGAGGAAAGAUGAUCAUGUAUGGAGAUGAUACUUGGUUGAAGCUGUUCCCAGAAACUUUUGACAGAGCAGAUGGAACUUCAAGCUUCUUUGUUUCGGAUUUCACUGAAGUGGACAAUAAUGUGACCAGACAUGUUCCGGAGGAGUUGAUGAAGGAUGAUUGGAAUACCAUGGUUCUCCACUACCUUGGACUAGAUCAUAUCGGUCAUAAAGCAGGUCCACGGAGCCCGAAUAUGAUUCCCAAACAGCAAGAGAUGGAUGGUAUUGUCCGGUUGAUCUAUGAGAAUAUGGAAGCUCAAGAUUACUUGAGCUCGACCCUUUUGGUGUUGUGUGGUGAUCACGGAAUGAAUGAUGCUGGUAAUCAUGGUGGAUCUGCUCCAGGAGAAACCUCCCCAGCUCUCGUCUUCAUGUCGCCAAAAUUUGAGGACCUCAGGCAUGAGCGUCAGCGGCUCGAGGUACCUGCUCCAUUUGAAGAGGAAUUCCAGUAUUAUAAAACUGUUGAACAGUCUGAUAUUGCUCCUACACUUGGGGCUCUACUUGGAUUGCCUAUACCAAAAAAUAAUUUAGGAGCAUUCAUUGAUGAUUUCUUACUAUUCUGGCCUGAAAGAAACGACCGUGUUCAAAUUUUAUUGAGAAAUGCUAGACAGAUUCUCAGCGUUGUCACUGCAACAUUUCCAUCGUUUGAAAACGAAGGGCCUUCCGAGAACUGCCACCAACUAUCAAGUAGUGUUGAUGACUUGGCAUGCCAAUGGAGAAGCAUUACCAAAGGCCUGGUUGGUCUUCAAGCUAACCAGCAAGAUCACGCUGUAUGGGUCGCGGCCGUAACAAAGUGGUUGAAGGAAGCUCAAGAGCUGAUGAGUGGCACUGCUAGUAAUUAUGAUGUCAAAAAGUUGAUUACUGGUCAAGUUAUUGCUGCUCUGGCUUCAGUUAUGGCAGGGGUGGCGGCAAGGCCAUUCAUUCUGAACAAUCUUAAAGCCAGCAUUCCAUUUAUAGCUACCUGCUUGUCCUACGGUAUUAUGAUGUUUGCUAGUAGUUAUGUGGAAGAGGAACAGCAUUUCUGGUAUUGGACGACUACAGGGUGGUUGUUUCUCUUAUCGAUCAAGAAUAUACGUCGCCAAUUUCAUGGACUUUGGCUAUUGAGCAUCAGCUCUGUAAUGAUUCUCGUCGCCACCAGAAUUUCUAGACGCUGGAAUCAAACAGGCCAGAAAUUCGCUGGCGAUCCUGAUAUCGCUCGAACAUUUUUCUCUCAACAUCGAUUGACUCUAUGGACACUUGUAGGCGCUACAUAUCUUUGGAACCUUCAAUCACUCGCCAGUAAAGGAUUUUCUCGUUUCCCACAAAUCCUUGCUGGUGUCAUCUCAACACUUUUGGCGACCGCAGCAAUUACAUUCAAACUUGCAUUUACAAAUGAAGAUUCACCUGAACUUCUUGCAGGUAUAGCGAAGACUAUGGCAGACAAUGAUACUGGUAUCCCGCUUGUUCUCCGGGCAAGAUUGGUCUUCAUUGGGAUUGCAUCUUGUCUGGUAUACACCUUAUUAUCUAGUUUUAGCCUAUCAGUUAAACGCCAGAAUGUUCCCAUGCGCACGAUUCAUGACCUCAUAGUUCUGCUUUUAAUCACUCAAACUCGCGCAACCAACAUCCCCCUGAUUCUAGUCUUUGAACUUCAAUACUCACUUCUCUCAACCCUUGAUCUCUCCCUCAUAGAGAUCACAACUACCACCCUCCUCCUACAACAAACUUCCUUCUUUGCUCUCGGAAACUCAAACGCGAUUUCAUCAAUCGACCUCUCAUCUGCCUAUAACGGCGUUGAUUCCUACAACGUCUUCGCAGUCGGCGUCUUGAUCUUCGUCUCUAAUUGGGCUGGCCCUCUUUACUUCACAUCAGCUGGUAAUCUCCUACUAUUGAAGUUAUGGGAAAAGGGCGGAGUGAAGCGAAAGAGUGUUUGGAGUAAUCAUAUAACCUUCUUAACAGUAUUCAUAGCGAGUAGCUUGACGGCGACGAUGACAGCCUGUACGGUAUUGAGAACGCAUCUUUUUAUUUGGACAGUUUUUAGUCCCAAAUUUUUGUAUACCAUGGCUUGGAGUGCGGGGAUGCAUUUGGGAGGAAAUGUGUUAGUUGGUGGAGGAUUGUGGUCUUUGGGGAGGAUGCUGAGUUAA